GUUAUGAUAAUGAUAUACGUUGAUGUGGAAUAAUUUAAAUUUGAGCGAUGUGGUAUUAAAAGAAGCAGCUGUUGAAUAUAUAAAUUCUAUAUGUGUCACUCUAUUAUUAUUUAACAGUUUAAUUAAUAGUCGCAAAUAUGAACAAACAACGAUUUAUUUUCUUGGCAGCUGGAAUUUUUGUAUCCUUUUUAUAUUAUGGGGUGCUCCAAGAGACAGUCACUCGUGGUAAAUAUAGUUACGAAACUAAAAAGAAUGAUGGAAGCAGUCAUAUAGUCCAUGAAAAAUUUACAUUUGCCAUAACUUUAGUUUGCAUUCAAUGCAUUAUUAACUAUGUAGUUGCCUGUAUUGCUGGAUUGAUAUGGACUCAAGCUGAGGAUAAGACUGCCAAACUUUAUUAUGCUAGCGUUUCCGUAACUUACCUCUUAGCAAUGGUUGCUUCCAAUAUGGCACUUCAGUGGGUACCAUAUCCGACCCAAGCAGUUGGAAAAUCUGCUAAACCAAUACCAGUAAUGAUCCUUGGUGUAUUGUUAGGAAAAAAGUCAUAUCCAUUUAAGAAGUAUUUGUUUGUUUUUCUUAUUGUCACUGGGAUAGUUAUUUUUAUGUUGAAAGAAGGCACAGAACAAAUUUCUCCAGAUUUUGAAGUUGGUAUGGGAGAAGUAUUGCUGUUUUUAUCAUUGGUGUUGGAUGGACUGACUGGGGCCAUUCAAGAACGAAUUCGAGCUGAUGCAAAGCCAUCUGGUAUUCAAAUGAUGAGAGCUUCCAAUGGUUGGUCAAGCAUAUAUAUGAUAGCAGUUGCUCUUCUGACAAAUGAAGUUGUUAUAUUUUUGAAAUUUGCAUCACGAUAUCCUUUUGUUUACUACAAUUUACUAGCAAUUGGAAUUACUUCUGGAAUUGGUCAGUUAUUUCUAUAUUCCAUGGUAUCAGAUUUUGGGCCUCUUUCAGUUUCAAUAGUGACUACAACAAGGAAAUUUUUUACUGUAUUGGGCUCAGUACUCUUAUUUGGUAAUAGUUUAUCCAGUCAGCAGUGGAUGGGUGCAGUUCUAGUGUUUGGUGGAUUAUUUUUAGAUGCAAUAUUCUCAAAAGGACCUUCCAAAAAGCAGGAUAAAAAGUGAUGUUUUCAUUCCAGAUGAAUAGUUUUAUUUAUUUUACACUGAAAUAUAUUUGU